CCCACAGGUCAGAAUUUAUCCACCAGCUACAAAUUGAAGGAGAAGGUUUCUCUUCCAAAGGAAGCUGCAGACGUAAGGGAACAUUCAGGUCACUGUGGAACAUUGCCUGAUCAAAUAGAUUUAGUGGGCCGUAACGAAACCUGCGAAAGGAUCAUAACUGCCUUGUCUUUAAACAAGGUGGUUGAAAUUGUGGCGCCACCUGGAUAUGGGAAAACCUCUAUGGUAAUAGAAGUCGCCCAUCGGUUGAUCAACGAGGGAAAGUUCAUCGCUUAUGUUAGUCCAAGAGGUGUCACUUGUGUAGAAGACUUGGCAAGCGAUAUCAUCGCAGCUUUAGGUUUUGUUCCCAGCGAAGAUACUAUCACUGAGGCAACUCGUCGCAUACGUGCCUUAAAAGCAAAGUCAGCGGUGCUUCUUAUCGAAAACAUUGACAACUUACUUCACCUCGAGACUCAAGUUCGCAAGGAUAAAUACCUGCAAGAGCUGAACUCCAAAACUUAUUGCACCAAAAUGCGCGGAAAAUUUACAAAGGAUGAAUUCUUGUCAUUUCUAAAAGACAUAGGGGAAUGCCCAACAAUUCAUCUUGUUCUAACAUCUAGAGAAUUCUAUGAUUUCAGUGUGUCUUUCCCUAUUGAGCUGAUUGAUUUAGAGCCUCUGAAAGACAAUGAUUCAGCUACUUUGUUCAAAAAGUGUGACGACAGUCUAGACGAAGGCUUGAUCAAUGACCUGAUUAGAGUUUGUGGCGGCAUUCCUCUUAUUAUCUGUACUGUUCGCUCAAUUCUUAGAAGAGAAAAUCCAGAGAGGUUCACCCAAAGACUUACCACAUGUUCACCUCAAACUCUUCGUAAACUACUGAGCCCUGACUUUCUAGCGAGUGAGGAACGCAUCUACAAGUGUCUACAGAUCUGUUUUAAUCGCUUCAGUGACGAGAACCAGAAGAUAUUUGUAAUGUUCUCAACAUUUCCGAACGGAUUUACGGAAGAACAAUUUGACGCCUGCUUCAAGUCUUCAGUUGAAGGCGAUCUGCAGAUGUCUCUAAGUUGCUUGAAACAAAGCAGCCUCCUAAACUUUGACAGAAAUAACUGUCUUUACUCUCUACAUCCUUUUAUAAGAAACUUUUUUUCAUCAAUGCCUGAACACAAAGAGGCUAAAUCAGUCUUCUUACGUCACUACAGUGAUUUGAUUGUUUCCCUUUGCAAAAGAUUUUUGAGUGCAGAUAAGAAGUCUGCAAUUAAUCGCUACAGAUGUGAAAAGGACAACGUUCGAGAGGCUAUGGCUUGGUGUGGAAAUGAUCAUCCUGAGCUUGAACAAACCGUGAGGGAGCACUGCGUUACUGCUUUCAACGAAGCCGCCGUAUUUCUCGCAAAGAUGAUGCGAAAACAAGAGUUUGUUUCCCUCUUUUGCAAGUUUGCUUAUCGAUGUCAACAUGACAGGCAUCUAUUGAGCGCUUGCUUGACAAACAUUGGAGUAAAAAUAGUUUUAAGCUGCACAUGCAAACCGUACAUUUGCCCUAGAGCGUUAUAUCAAGCGAAGAGAUUUUUGGCACGUGCUAAGCAAAUCCACUCAGUGCUUACUGACGUGAAUGAAGCUACGCGUGCCCACUGCUUGAGUAAGCUUGGAUUCUGUUGUGUUCGAGAGGGACGCGUUGACGAAGGAUAUUGCUAUCUUAACGAGGCCAUAGAAUUAAGAACAAAGAGAGAAAAAAAAUCAGAUGAGACCCAGGACAAAGUCAUGUUAGGAGCGUGUUAUAAUGAUAUAGCUGCUUCUCUGAUGGUGCAAAGGAAACACAUGUGUGCUAUCCAAACAAGACUCUGCUAUGUGCUUCCUCUCUACGAACAGAACCUCCGAGAGCAUCCUUUAACGGCAACAACACUCGACUGGAUUGGCAACAGUUACCACGCCUUGGGUGACUACGACAAUGCUGUUAAAUAUAUUGGUAAAUCAGUUGAAAUGCGAAAGCAACUGCUGGGGCACCAUCAGGAAACCGCGAGGUCUCUUCAUGAUUUGGGAGUGGCUUUGAGCGCGAAAGAAGAUUACCCAAGUGCCCUUAAAUAUCUGAAGGAGGCAAUUGAUUUACAAGAAGAAGUAUCAGACACACAUCAUCAAUUGAUUCACAUCUACCACGACAUGUCAAUUGCUCUGCGUAGUCUCGGAAGAAACAGCGAGGCCGAGGAAGAAAUGACACGUGCUGCGGAGUGCGCAAAAAAGUUGGAAAAGGAAGAAAAAGAAGAAGAAAAAGACUGGGCUUUAGCCAUGAAAGAAGAAUUGGAUGAAGCUCUCGAAGCUCUUAGAAGUGCCCUUGCUAUCCAAGACGAAGUGUUAGGAAACCACCAGGAGACAGAACGUUCACACAGGGAGAUAGCUCACGUCCUAAAAAAGCUUGGGCGACACGAAGAAGCCAAAAGAGAGGAUCUACUGGCCCAACAGGUGUGCUCGUCUGUUUUUGAGCCCCAGCCCGAGUCCUGA